UAACAAGCAACUGACCUUUCAAGAAUGACAACUACUUUCUUUAAAAGCCUUCUCGUAUUGAUUUUUAUGAUCCUUUCUGUUGCCAAUUGUGAAUAUUGCAGAUGUCAGGGGUCUUUGGCUGGCGAUAUGACAGAAUAUUGUUGCAAGAAGACAAUGGGAGCUGAUACUUUUUGGUUUUGGCAGGCUAUGGAUCAAGUUUGUGAUGUUGGUGCCGAUGGAAAAGGCAGAUACAGUCAUUGUUGCCCUUAUGAUACAAACUGCUAUUAGUUUUUUUUUUUUUUUU